AUGCCGGCCGCCGACGAUUCGCCUUCCGAGCGAAAGCACACCAGCAGCUCCUACAGAGAUGAACUUGUGCAUUACAAAGCUCAAUAUGAACAACUCGAAACGGAACUUGCAGACUUCCAAGUCUCCAGCCGGGAGCUGGAGGCUGAGCUGGAGAAGGACAUCGAGGCCUCUGAGAAGCGAGAACGCCAGCUGAAAGAAAAAGUUGAUAAUCUGCGAUACGAGGUUGAGGAGUGGAAGACCAAAUACAAGCAGUCCAAGUCCGAAGCAAAUGCCGUGCAAAACACUCUGCAGAAGGAAAUUACUUCCCUACGCGAUACAAGCCGCACUUUGCAGCUGAAGCUGCGCGACAUCGAAGUUGCCAACGAUGACUAUGAGCGACAAGCCCGGAACACUACCUCGUCCCUGGAGGACAUGGAAUCCAAAUACAACGUCGCCAUCGAGCGCGGUGUGCUGUUGGAGGAGGAGAUGCGGACCGGUGAACAGGAGCGUGAGGACCUGCGGAUCGAGAACCAGCGUCUGCGGGAUGAACUCUCCGAUCUCAAGGUCGAGGCCGAGAUCAACCUGGAGAAGCUGCGGCACACUGAGGGGGGCGGGUUCCGUCGUCGCAAGCCGACUCCCUUGUACCGCAGUCCAUCCACACCCCAGAAUCUGGAGAUUUUCGACCGUUCGCCUGGAACCGCGACGUCCUCUCCUGUGUUUGCAACGCCUCCAGCCAAAUCAUCUCUGGCAGCAUCGACCGCUACUCCGCCCUCACCUCCUAUCUCGGAGUCCUCUGCCAGCCUGCGCAGGUCAAUCAAUGCAACCCCCACCUUCCCUCGAAGCAGAGCUGCGGGCACAGACCCGAUCAAUUCACGGACCCUGCUUAAUGCUCGCACCCAACCCCGUCCCACUCACUCUCGAGCCUCGUCCCUCGCCUACAGCAAUGGCGCCUACAGCAAUGGUGGACGUUCCACCCCUUCCAUGUCCAUUUCCUCCCGCGCUAGCUUGUCGAGAUCGACCACUCAGCGCCCGACAGGGCUUCCCAAAUCCGGGUCAUUGUAUCAGAUCCGUGGCCUGAUUGGCAAGAUGCAGACGCUCGAGGAGCGGAUCCAGUCAGCGAAGUCGCGUCUUCCUGCACCAUCAGAGACGUCCUCAAGACAUGGAUCACCGCGUUCGGGCUCUAUCGCUGGAGAUAGUCCGGUUCCCUCCAAUGUGACCGUUCGAAGGAGCUCCCGCAAGCGCCUGAGUGGCAGCAGUUUCGGUUCAUCCGUACGAGAUAGCGAGGGGACCCCGUCAUAUGUCCCACAGAGUCGCCAGUCUUUUGGAGCUCGAACUCAGGGCGACAGCCGCCCCAGCAGCCGGACAAGCUUCUCCAGCCGCAGCUCAUUCAGCCAGAGCGUCCACUCGGGCGUGCCCAUCAACGCUCGCCCCGAAAGUCGACAAAGCCGCCCUGGGGCCAAAACACCCCUCGGGCAUUAUUCGACCAACCCGAUGACAGAAAGCCGGCGACCGCGGUCUUCUUUAAGCAACCAUGCGGGACAGACCCCAUCAAUCGGCGGCAUGUCUCAUAUUGAGGAGGAUCUGGAUAUUUCCACCCCCCCUCGCGAAUUCCCCAGGAUAUCCGACGCCCAUCCAUCUCAGGCACACCGGGACUAA